AUGGAGAGAGAUUACUUUAAUAUAACCUGUGGAUCUCCAAAUGCUUUACAAGGAAGAACUAUACCAAGCAUCAUAAAGAAUGGACAAAUAGCAGACCUGAUUUGUAAUUACACUUCACAGCCUGUUUGUCCUCCAGGGUGUUCCUGUAUAGAAAAACCAGACAAUUACAGCUUAGCAAAAGAAGACAUUAAACUCAUUCUUCAUAUGAACUGUAUAGGAGCUGGACUAAAACGUCUUCCACAUAUCCUUCCCGAAAGUGAAGAAAUUGAGUUCUAUUUGAGAGGAAAUCCAAUUGAAGAAAUUACAAAGGAACAUUAUAUGGAACUCAUCACUGUUCUUGACUUAGCGUUUAUACCUACUUUUGAAAUGGAAGCCCUGGAGAACCUUACUCAUCUGCGUGUGUUCUCUAUUCCAAGAUCCCAACAGCUGCAUGGAAUUCCUCGAAAACUUUCAUUUCUGGAUCCGUGUGUAUUUCUUCAGCGGGGGAAUUUUCUUAUAGAUUGCACUUGUUCAGACCUUUGGAUGUAUGAUUGGAUUCAAACAAAACAAGUGAGGAAUUGCACGCCAUACAUUUUUACUUGUUUAAAAGAAGAUGGCGAGGAACUAUUGACACAGUAUCUUCCAAAUCUUGAUUGCAGAGACUCUGAUCAACAUCCUAAAUAUAUCGUCAUAUUGUCAUGUUCUUCAGCUAUUGUGUUUGCAUUCACACUUUUUAUUUUUGCUCAGAUCUGGAGGUUUGAUUUGAAGGUCAUUCUACGAUCAAGGAAAAUGUGUUCAAAGUCCAAGAAAACUCUGGACGAAGACUGUGUGGUUUACAUUUCAUAUGACGAAAAUAUAAAAGAUUUAAAUUCGUGGCUGAUAAAAAGACUCGAACCAUUCUUAAGAAGAAAUGAAUUGAGUGCAUUCAUCCCAUCACGUGACUUACCUCUGGGCUGUAUUAGAUCGGAUGAGACGGCAUGGCAGAUAUCUAUCUCUAGAUACUACAUCGUCUUCCUAUCUGACCACUACUUCGACGAGGACUCUUUACAGACACAGAAUGACUGGAAGUGUAUCUGGGACAGUUACUUAUCUGACUCUAGGAAGGAAUUAGUAGUCAUAAACUAUGAUCUAAUGAAGACGACAGAUAUUCAAUGUAAAACUUUUCAGGCAGUAAUGCGUUUCGGCAAUAUUGUUGAUUUUGCUUCUGGGGAGAAGAGAAUAUUUUCAAAGAUGACGGAUAGAUUUCUUUAUUAA